AUGAGGCUAACUGUUGGAAGGGAUCAAUCAGAUAUAGAAAAAAUAAGAGAUUUUGCAAAUUGGUUAUUGGAUAUAGGAGAAAGAAAACUUGGUGGUCCAAACGACAGUGAAACGAUUAUCGAUAUUCCGGAUGAUAUUCUCAUUAAUGAUUCACAUGAUCCUAUAGGUUCCUUAAUUGAGUUUGUAUAUCCUUCAAUUUUAGAGAACUAUAGCGAUAUAAAUUAUUUCCAAGAAAGAGCGAUACUUGCUCCAAAAAAUGAAGUUGUCCAGGAAAUAAACGACUGUUUGCUUAAGAAGUUUCCAGGAGAUGAAGUUGAAUAUUUAAGUUCAGACAACAUAUUAUCCGGUUUACCAAAUCAUAAGUUAGUUUUAAAAAUUGGUGUUCCGGUAAUGUUACUGAGAAAUAUUGAUCAGAAAAACGGCUUAUGUAAUGGCACAAGACUACAGGUGUUAUCAUUGGGAAAACAUGUUAUUGAGGCACGUAUAAUAACUGGAACUAAUAUUGGAAAUCGGACUUUUAUUCCAAGAAUGUCUUUAACUCCAUCAGAAAAAAAGAUUCCCUUCAAAUUCACAAGAAGACCGUUUCCUUUGGCCGUAUAUUUUGCAAUGACUAUUAAUAAAAGUCAAGGACAAUCGUUAUCAAAGGUUGGUUUGUUUCUGAAAGAUCCAGUUUUUUCACAUGGACAAUUGUAUGUUGCCUUAUCUAGAGUUCAGAGCAGAGAGGGAUUAAAAUUAUUAAUUUUAGAUAAAGAUGACAAACUCACAAAUAAAACUUCCAAUGUUGUUUAUAAGGAAGUUUUUCGAAAUUUGUAG